AACCAUUACUCCUAUUUCACGACACAUGUAUAAGGGUCGUUUGGAUGGAUUAAUUGUCAAUGUGUAAUUUAUUGACUCAAUCACUCAUUAAUUAUUCACGUGAUAUUUCAACAGUAAUAUAGUCAAAAAUCUCGUUUGGCUCAACCAUUCACAUGAGGUAUUUGAAUAAUAACAAAAAGGAGUAAAAACGAAUUAUUUCGAAAUAACAUAAGAUAACAGUUAUUUCAAAUAACAUGUUUUAAAGUUAUUUUGUAAAUAACUCACCGCCCACAUAACUUAUCUUAGUGAAAUAUUUAAAAAUUAAUUAUUUGUUAGUUAUUAUCUCCAUCCAAACCCCACAAAGUAUAAAGAAAGAACAAUGCUUAAGAGGCAUAUUUAAUGAAGUUCAAACUAUGCUGAUAAAAAUUGCAAGGCUAAAUUGUUGUUAAAGGAGUUCUUUAACCGAUGUCUGAUUUGUCACUAACCCUAACUCCAAAUCCAGAGAAACGUCGUUGUAACUAUAUCAUUGUCUGAAGGGUCCCACCCCCCAGCUAUAAAUAAGAGUUUUGCUGCCCUGGUAAUUACCAUCAGAAGAAGAACUAGACAGAGCUAGAGCAAGAAAAAUUGAGGAACAGAGAUAAAAAAAAAAAGAUUCAUUGAACCACACAGAAGAGCGAUAAAAAAAAUGUCAAUCUCUUUUAGAACAUUCGGCUCCUCCCUCUCAUCCCUCUACUCCAAACUAAGCUCCCGGAGGAAGCCGGCCGCCGUCGAAGAUGAGCCAUCGGAGCACGACCAAGCGGAAUCAUCGCUAGCCAGAGCCGCCCGGAUCAAACCCAUAUUCAGGUCACUCUACAACGGCCUAGCCAGCCACUGCGGUCCCACCGCCGGUGACAACGAUCCGGAGGAUUGCCAGGAGGUCAUCGCCAGCGACCUGGAGUGGUGGUUCCACGGCCCGCCGGGGUGCGACUACAUGAUGAGGAUGCUGACGGGGCAGCUGGCGCCGGACCAGUCUGUCAUCCGGUUCGAGCCACGUAGCAUCGAGGCGGUCGGGGACUGCGUGAUCGCCGAAGGGUGGGAAGGCAAUGUGUACUGGGUGCACGUGUGGACGGUGAGGGAGGAUCAUGGUCUGGUCGUCAUCACUCAGUUCAGGGAGUAUUUCAACACGUGGCUCACCGUCAAAUACGUCACUGGCGGCGGGUAUCCAUUGCCGGCCGGUAGUGACCAUCGGCGGACCCCGUCGCCGGAGAGGAUUACUUUAUGGAGGAGCCAGCCGGCGGAUCUUUACAAACGCUCUUUGCCUGGCCUUGUCCUGGCCAUCUAAUGAUCAUUUUCUUUGUUUCAAUUUUAACUAAAUGUAUGUAUUUUUUCUUAAUUGAUAAUAUGGUCGACAUUUCUUUUCCUUUUCUCUCUGAGGGUCGUGGGUUGUUUCUAUGAGUUAUUUUGUCACUAAUAACUCAUAAUUAAUCAUAGGACUAAAAUAAUUUGUUUGGAUGCCCAUUUAGCGAAUAAGGAAUUGUGAGCCAU